UCUGGUGCAUACGCGGUUCGCCAGCAUGAAAAUAAGCUUCGGAAUAUCGAAACCGUCUGCUAAGCAACCGCCAGCAACACGUGUGCUAGCGCCAAAGGCAACUCAUUUUUUUGAAGCUGACGAUCCAGCAGCGCCCUCAGUUGAACGCGUGAAGGUAACUGAGAUUGCCGGCAAUUGUAUGCAAAUAGUGAAAGAUGGCGUGUCAGUGAGCCGCUCUUUAGUAGAAGAUCCUACAUUAUCGCAUAGUGUCAUACCAUGUACCAACAGACUGGAUAAAAAUGACAAAUCAACAACACAAAUCGGUCCUAUUGACCUAAAAUAUGGACUCAAUGUAAUACCGAAAACCGACUCCAGCCGAGAUGCAGCACAGAGCACUGGAACUACCACUGUAACUAAUGCAGUCCCAUCACCAGUGGAAGCCACUGAUAUACCCAGUGAACCAGAGCCCACUUCCACGGAUCAAAGUAUCUCAACUAAGGGCGAAUCAAAUGAAGCACUGGGUGCUGAGGAUCACACCGAUAUCAGUGACGCUGAAGUUGCACGACUGAUAUUACACGAUCAGGAGCAACAGAAGCUUAGGGAACAGCUGUUUGGCACUGACCUUAUCGAACAAGCUUCGAACACAGUACCAAUACUGCUUCGAGGCAAACGAGAUCACGAGGAUACCGAUGUGGAACCGUCAUAUGAAAAUGUAGCCGUUGAGGAAUUUGGCCUGGCAAUGCUAUUGGGGAUGGGCUUCAACCCAGCGACGAACACGAACAAACCGAAGGAAUACAAACGCCGUGCCUAUGAUCGUGCUGGUUUAGGGGCUGAUGCCCAUAUGAAGCGGAAUAUGGCAACACUCACGGAUGCCAGCUUAAUGGCCAAACUUAAAAAGGACCACAUGUACCAUUAUGCCCAUGACCCAGGAGGACCGGGGGAGGCUAGCUGCUGGGUAUUGUCUGGACUCUAUGUACGAGUUGUGGAGCGCGACCACCGCUUAUUUGGCAAGAAAGGCAUUGUAAUACAAGUAGUUGAACGCGUGGUCACACUGGAAGUCAACGGAGAGCACGUAGAUAUCAAUUACCGUGGCCUGGAGACAGUGGUUACCCAGGAAGCCACCCAAUGCAAGGUUGUACGCCAAAUAGCUAAGCAUAGCGAAAAGUUCUAUAUACCCAUUGGCACUGUAGUAGACGUGGCCGUAGUCACGAAGACGUUUGCCAAGGUUACGUUCAGAGGAAGCACAUUUACAGUAUCAUUGGAUGAUAUAUGCGAGUUCAGGUAGCCACGGUCGGGAAUAGCCUGACCAAUCAAU